AUGCCUCCUAAAAGAAAUGCUACCGUUGUUGAAGAUACAAAUAAUGAACCCAUAUGGUUCAAAAAAUUCAAAGAAGAGCACUUUGCCAGAAUGAAAGAGGCAGUGAAAGAAAUCAAAUCAGUAGAAAUCAACAGCCAUGUAGCAAAUGGUGGUCAAGACUUGAUACCACCUCAAAAAAAUAGUUCUGAGAAAGAGAAGAAGUCCGAUAUCAGGGAUUUUAUUAUGAACAAUGUGGUAGAAAUCGAUGAGGAUAGAGCCAGCAAACUGUUGUAUAUUUUGAAGAAAAACUCUUUGAAAGCAUACCAAUUUUUUGCUUUGAAAGAUGACUCCAAUGGCAAGGCCAACAGUGAGAAGGAGUGGAAGGACCUGGAUGGAGAAGAUCGUAUGCAUCUGGUAAUGUCAACCCUGCAAAAAUUGGUGAAAGAAGCUAGAGAAUUGGAGGUUCUUAACCUUUCUUGUGGUCUUUGGGUUGUGGAGUUUCUGGUUCAGCCCAAGUGGUCAAAUAUGUCGCGCAAUAGAAGAAGAAAUAAGUAA